AUGGAGGAGAAGAAAUCAGAACUGCUCCCUGAAGAUGAUCAGGUUCUUCAAUCCCCGAUGCCCGUGCAGGUCGACCAGAGUACUAUGGCACCGUUUCCGCCCGCAGCAGAACAUCUGGUGAUGAAAGAUGGCAUCCGUCUUCACCCACAACCGACAAGUGACCCUCUGGACCCUCUCAAUUGGAGCAGCUUUCAAAAGCAUUCCAUUCUUGCCAUCAUUAUGUUGAAGUACUUCUUAUUCACCUACCUGACCACAACAACGGUCGCCAGCUUUCCAGAACUGCAGGAACAGUUCAACAUCUCCUAUUCGCAAGUCAACUGGACGGUCGCAAUUCCUGCACUCGGGCUCGCUGUUGGUCCUCUAAUCUUCUCAUCCCUCGCCGAUAUCUUUGGCCGUCGAAUUGUCUUCAUCUUUGGAACCUUGAUGGCACUUGCUGCCACCAUCGGCGCUGCCAAAGCACCAAAUUAUGGAGGCUAUAUGGCUGCGCGUUUCUUCCAAGGCUUUGGGGUUUCUCCAGCUUCCACAGUGGGGCUUGCUGCCAUCAACGACAUGUUCUACGAGCACCAAAGAGGCCAGAAAACUGGGUUAUGGGUUCUAGCCAUUGACAGCGGCCUGCUUGUUGGUCCAAUAAUCGGUGGCUUCAUGAACAUCGUCUCCCCUGCAUGGGUCCAAUGGUUGACUGCCAUCUUCUUCGGGGUGUUGCUUAUCCUUGAGGUUUUAUUCAUGCCCGAGACACUCUACCCCCGAAACCAUAUGCUGUCUCGGCUCCCUAUGGCUACCGAAUCCGAGGAAUCAGGCGUGGACAUCGAGAAAGUUGCUCGCAGACGGAGCGACGCUGCAACCGUCGCUCUUCCUCGCACCAAGAAGCUUCCAUAUUUCAAUCACAAGCCGCUCCCGGGUAUGCGGCAUCCAGCGAUCUACGACGCAACGCUUCGUUUCGUGUUGACCUUCAGAUUUAUGGCGGCAUUCCUCCCCGUCUUCGCAUACUGCUUCUUGUGGUAUUGGUGGAUACUUAGCGUCAUCACCAUGCUACCAGCUGCGUAUCCCAAUUACAAGCCGCAGAUCCAGGGUCUCCUAUUUAUUGGCCUUCUCCUCGGUACUCUCUUUGCCGAAGUCUUCCUAGGGGGCUACCUCAGCGAUAUCGUCUGCUCUCGUCUAGCUAAACGCAAUGGCGGCGUCCGCGUGCCUGAGAUGCGUCUCUGGCUUAUUUAUCCGGCCGGCCUGCUCAGCUCGAUUGGCUUGAUCGUAUGGGGUAUCAGUGUCGAUAAUGGUUACCACUGGAUAGUCGGGCAAGUUGCUUUCUUCUUGUUCGCAGCGGGUAUUCAGAUGGGCAAUACAGUCGUUUGUGCUUAUAUCGUGGAUUGCUAUCCAUUGCAAAGCAUGAGCAUGGUCACUUUCUAUGCCGUUUUGCUCAACCUGUCGGCAUUUAUCGAUCCGUUCUUUAUAGCUCCCUGGCAAGCUGGUUCAGGCUGGACCUGGUGCUUCGCGGCCCAGGGCAUUAUCGUGUUCUUCGGAGCCAUGCCUGUAUUUGGAUUGCUGCACAAGUAUGGUCCGACGAUAAGAUCUAAAACCGGUACGCCCUUCUGGGUCAAUCCGGAGUUUGAUAAUUUGUUGUAG